UACGUUUGUCUACAUUUCUAUCCGUAUAUUGCACAACUAUGUAUUUUGUAGCAGCAGUUUGUAUAGUUGUGUUCUCUUCACAAGUAGCAGAGGGAAUAUUGCAUGAUGAGCAAGAGAUACCACGUUGGGACUAUUUUGUAGAUAUUGAGAAUUCAUUUUGUACUACGAAGAGCAAUGACUGCGGAUCUAAUUUGAAUACUUCGUCUCCGAAUGAUAAGUGUUGCGGACAGUGCUCAUGUGAUGAAACAACAUGUGAUGUUUCAGAUUCCUGCUGUGUCGAAACAUUAGGAAAAUCCACUUUAAAAACCGGCACAAAGAUGACGUGUCUGUACCCACAACUAAAACCUUUCACGGAUCCAGUAGAUUACCCUGAUUCGGAAUGGCACUAUAAAAUGUUUACAACAUGUCCCGACGUUAAAGAAAUAAAUAUUGAUUUGAUCGAUAAAUGUGAGCACUCUGAUAAUUAUACUGACAUCACAACAAAAGUGCCUGUAACAGACGAGAAAACACUGUUCAUUUACAAGAAUCAAUAUUGCGCAUAUUGUCAUAAUGCCUCCGACAAGGACCUCCACCAUUGGGACGCUAAUGUAUGGUGUUUUAAGUCAAUAUUAAAAUUAAAAGGAAUACGUACAGCCGUUACAGAAAUAUUUGCUGCCGAAAGCUGUAACCUUGUUUAUAAGCGACCUAAGUUUCUAACACCUAACUACGAGUGUAAAAUGGUGAUUUCGACUUGCAAUGUUACUGGACUUUGGGAAAUAUAUGACCCUGACAUUGAAGCUGGUUGUGCUGCUUACUCAACCAUAUACAACUUCCGGUACAGAAAUGUCUUCUGCUAUCUAUGCAAUUCAAAUGAAACUCGCGUUCCAAAGAUUUGCAAAGAUAAACUAAGCCCAACUGUUUUUGUUGAUUUUACAGCGAUAUUAAAGGUUCGAACUGAAACAGAUACGAUAUCUGAAUUUAGACCAGCAGAAAACUGCGAAUCAAAUCAGAUAUAUGAUUCCGUGAAGGUAUAAAUUUUCCAUAUUCUUUGUUUUCUGGUUUUUCAAAGAUUAAAUUUUAGGUCUAUAUAGUAACAUUUUUCAAAAUUAUAUGACUUACCCUCCUUCUUUUUCAAAAAUUUACUUACAUGUACUUACAAAAGGACAAAGGAAACAAAGAUCUAUACAGUCAAUGUUUGAAAUACAUGCACCCAAUUAUCUUUCGUCUAGACAGGUAAAUAGUGCUAAAUUAAAACAAUAUUCAUUCCGGGUGUAACAAAUAAGAUAUUUAAUUGUAACAGUUUUCUGCUUCGUUUUUUUCCCAA